AUGGGUCGCGGCAGUGGAGCAACAACAGUAAUGCGAAAAAAAGACGUGGCGUUAGAGAAGGGCACUACUACCGCCAGGGCUUUCCACCGCAGUCCUCUCCCUGAGAAGCCUCUUGGGAAUGACGAUCAAUCUCCACUGGCUGCAAUGAAUAGAACUAUAACGAUGGAAAAAUACAAGGCUGCUGCUCAUUCGAAAAAUUGGCAGCUUGAAACAUCUUCUGCGAUUUUUUCCUUCGUUGUUGGCUGUGAAGGAGGCGCUCUCCAUCUGAUUGAACAAAGUGGAUCAGGAUUGAAACUGCAUCAGUUGGACUAUCGCAUCGAAUUCGUUGCACAUUUCCAUCAGAAAGGAUUGCUCAUCGCACUCGCGAGUGACAUGAUGCUUUAUCAUUUUAACAUCUCACCCGAGACAACUGCGAACGAGAAACUAAGAGUGAAGCUGAAUGGGAAGGCAGGUAGCACAGUGGUAGUGCUCAGAGAAAAACUGCUCCUCAUUUGUCACCAGGAGAGGGAUCUAAGAGUAUGGGACCUCGAGUCUGACGAAAAUGGUACAAUAUCACUACAGUCUGCGAAAGGUUUCGAUGGAGAUGACGUCAUCCUCUGUAUGGACUACUCAAAGCAGAAAGGGAUGAUAUCAGCUGGGACUAGGAAAGGAAAAGUUGCUAAUUGGAAAUAUCGCGCUGGAGAGUCUACGGUAGAGAAUUCGUGGCGCCUUCAGAAUGGAAAUCAAGUUGGAGAAAAAAUUACAUCAAUAGAAUGGUGUUCAACCCAUUCCGCUUUGGCUGUGAACGCGGGAAAUGAGCUCACCAUACUGCAGGAAGGAAACAACAUAACAUGUUUGAGGAAUAAGAUUGCGGCAAUCCAGAGUGGUCCUUCAUCCUUCACCUUGAUCAACGUUUUUUCUAGUGUGAGUCAAGAACUAAAACUGACCUUCGAAGUAGUGGGAAUAAAUGUGCAGGAGAAGCAACUCGUCGUCUGGAGUUUGGACACGGUGGCGACGUUUGACGUGCAAUCCUCGCUUGCAACUAUCCAGUCAUCUAUUUUUUCCUGUUCUGCGCAGGAUAUUCUCAUCCAUCAACACACUCUCUAUUGUAUCGAACGAGAUAAAAUAAAUGUCAGGACACUACAGAAAGAGCCGCAAAAGGGCACCGUCCGUCAGAUCCUCUCUCUUCCUGAGAUGGAAGGUGAUCCAGUUCAAAUCCAUUCAAAUCGGGAUUGGUUAGCAGUGGCAACAGCAGCUGGAUUUAUCAGAAUCUACAGCAUCAACAGCAAAGAAGCGCGUCAGGAGUAUCACUCGAAAUAUGUGGUGGAGGCGCUGGAUGAGUUUCAUCGAUUUGCUUCGGUGAAAGUGAACAUUUCUGGAAACAGAAUUGCUUGCACCUAUUAUGCUACUCCACUGAAAAUUGGUGAUCGCAUUUUGGUGUGGGACGCUGCAGCUGAUUUAACUGCGUACUUCUCUCUUACUCUUGGAAUGACAGACCAGCAACAGUACGAAGCAGAGGCAGAGUUGGCGAGCUCGGACGGUCGACCAGUUACAGCGGCAGCGAGAAAAAUUGAGAGGGAGCAGUCAAGGUUUCGACUGCCUUAUCAUGAACCCGGGAGCAUUUUUUGGGACGAAACAGACGAUCGCUUUCUUGUAUGCCAAGCCCAAGCCUCUCCGCAGUACAUGAUUGACGACAUGAUCCUAACUAUGUUUGUGACUUCUGACCAUGGCAUUCACCUGCAAGACCUUGCGCGUAAAUCUGCUGCUUCGGAUGUACUCAUUGGCGUAUGUGUCCCACACAUGUACUUCACAAAGAAAAUGGACUUUGAGGACGAGGAGGUAAAAGGAGAGAAAUCCAUCGGUCGCUUUCUGAUUGCACGUUCACUUCGUGAGUUCUCCGGAGUUGAAAAUUGCGCUGAUGAUGCGACGAGGAGAGGAAUGAUGGACUUUUGUUAUUACCUCAGUAUAGGUCAAAUGGAUGACGCGUUCAAGGCAAUCCGCUUUAUCAAGAGCGAAAGCGUAUGGGAACACAUGGCAUCAAUGAGUGUGAAGACACGUCGUUUGGAUGUAGCAGCAGUGUGUCUUGGGAACAUGAAGAACGUCCGUGGAGCAAGGGCGCUUCGAAAAGCACAGGAGGCGGGAGAAGAUGAACUCAUGCAAUGCGCCGCUCUAGCAGUGGAACUGGGGAUGCUGGAGGAUGCUGAAGCUAUGUACGUGAGUGCUGGCCGGUACGACAUGGUCAACAAAAUCCAUCAAGCUCAAAACUCCUGGAAUCAGGCUUUCGAUGUAGCUUCUCGUCACGACCGUAUCCAUCUCAGGAACACUCACUACAACUAUGCAAAGUACUUAGAGAGAGCAGGAGCUUUGGAACCGGCUAUCGAGAAUUUCGAGAAGUCGGAAACCCACCACUUUGAAGUCCCCAGAAUGUUUGCAGACAGUCCGAAAAUCCUUGAAUCGUACGUAAGGAGGAAGAGGGAACCACAACUUCAAGCAUGGUGGGGGCGAUACUUGGAAAGCAUCGGAGAAUUGGACGGUGCGGCGGCGUUUUAUACUGCAGCUAAGGACGUUUUGUCAUUAGUAAGAAUAAAAUGCGCUCAAAACAAGCUCGAAGAAGCCUCAAAUAUUGCGCUUGAAUCAAACCACAGAGCUGCGUGCUAUCACCUUGCCAGAAUCUUCGAAGCAGAAGGGAACUUCUCGAAAGCUGCUGACUUCUAUACUAAAGCUCACGCUUAUAGUAGCGCCAUUAGAAUAGUUAAAGAACAUGAUAUGCGGGAUUUGCUAGCCAACCUCUGCUUGAUGGCAGGUGGCAGUGAGAUCGUUGAAGCAGCUCGUUAUUUCGAGGAAAUCCCUGGAUACACGCAUCAAGCAGUUAUGCUUUAUCAUAAGGCAGGAAUGGUUGGUAGAGCUCUAGACCUUGCGUUCCGAGCAGAGCAGUUCAGCGCUCUGGAUCUCGUUACGAAGGACCUCCACUCUGGAUGCGAUCCCAGUGUCCUGAAGAGAGCUGCAGAAUUUUUCUCUAUCAAUCAAAACUAUGAGAAGGCGGUUGAACUUCUUUGCUUAGCAAAAGAUUUUCAAAAUGCUAUCGAACUUUGCCGCGAUCGAAAUGUGAGGUUGACAGACAAAGUAGCUGAGCUGAUGACUCCUACCAAGGAAACUACUCCCAAUGAGACCGAGAGGAAACAACUGCUAGAAAGCAUAGCCGAGUUGGGUUUGCAUCAGGGUAACUACCAUUUUGCAGCAAAGAAAUAUACUCAAGCUGGUGAUAAGUUGCAGGCUAUGAGAGCACUCAUUAAAUCCGGCGAUACUCAGAAAAUAACUUUUUUUGCUAAUACGGCAAGAAAUAGGAACAUUUACAUCUUAGCAGCAAACUAUCUUCAGACCACCGACUGGCAGGGAAAUGCAGCGGUCAUACGCGACAUUGAGACCUUCUAUUCAAAAGCGCAUUCUCAUCUCCACUUGGCCAGUUUCUACAAAGCCUGUGCCUUUAUGGAAGUGGAGACUUUCAAUGAUUUUUCAAAAGCUGCUGAUGCUCUGGAACAUGCUCAGAGAACUGCGGAACGAGGACUACAAGAACAGCAGUCCCAUUCAGAAGAAUCAACUUCUACAGUGAAUGCGCUGAAAUCGCUGAGAGAAGAAAUAGUGGAAAAUCUAUCCCAACUAGCCAAAUUUGAGAAGAUCAAAGAGGCAUACGCUGUUGACGAGAACGACGCGGUUUUGCAGCUCCAGCACCUUGUAGAGAAUGCUUCAGAGGAUUCAAUUAUUCGUCCAAGUCAUAUAUAUUCUCUUCUCAUUGCUCACUAUGCUGGAAAGGAGAACUACAGAUCGGCAUACCGAUGCGUAACACAACUGCAGAAGCUACAGAAAAAUCUAGACUUGUCUACUAUUAUCAGUCCAGAUCUUCUGAAUAAGAUUUGUGAUGAACUAGGGGUACCCAGAGUCAUUUCGCGUGAGAGUGAGGAGAUAGAUUCCGAUAUCGAAGAGGUCCAAGGAGUGGAGUAUAGCCACGCUAUGAAGAAGAGAGAAUCGCUUUUCUAA